AUGGCUAAGUCGGUAAAAGAUAAGAAGGUUGAUAAGAAAGUUGCUAGCAAGAAGGAUGCUAAGGUGACCAAGCCUGAGAAGAAGGUAGAAAAGAAAAAGAGCAAGAAGGAAGAAAGCUCAUCUGAAGAAGAAGACGAAGAAGAAGAUGAAAGUUCAUCGAGCUCAUCUAGUUCAGACUCAGAAUCGGAUUCAAGCUCCAGCUCUAGUUCUAGCUCAUCAUCAAGUGAAUCAUCAAGUGAUGAGUCUUCAUCCGAUGAAGAAGAGGAAAAAGAAGAGGCCAAAGAGGAAGUUAAAGUAACUAAGAAGGAAAAGAGAUCUGACUCCAGCUCCUCUUCCUCCUCCUCAAGCUCAUCCAGCUCCGAAAGUGAGGACGAAGAAGAAGAAGAAGAGGUUGAGGAAAAAGUUGAAGUAAAAAAAGCUUCAUCGUCAAGCUCAUCAAGCCUGAGUUCAGAGUCGGAUUCCGAUUCAGACAGCUCUAGCUCAUCAAGCUCAUCUUCAUCUUCAUCAUCAUCAUCAUCAUCAUCAUCAUCUGAAUCCGACUCAAGUUCUGAUUCCGACUCCGACUCUGACUCCGACUCCGAAGAAGAAGUCAAAGAAACACCAAAAAAGCGUAAGAUUGAAGAAUUGGAAUCUACAACUACACCAGACUACAAGAAAGCUAAGUCCGAAUCAACCACAACUACUGCAACUGACGAAGAGCCAGCUACCGUCUUUGCUGGUAGGUUAUCGUGGAACAUUGAUGAUGAUUGGUUAAAGAGAGAAUUCGAACAUCUUGAAGGUGUGAUUGGUGCCAGAGUCAUUAUGGAAAGAGCCACUGGAAAGUCAAGAGGUUAUGGAUAUGUUGACUUCACUUCUAAAGCAGCUGCUGAAAAGGCUAUCGAGGAAAUGCAAGGUAGAGAAAUUGAUGGUAGACCAAUCAAUUUGGAUUUGUCCACAGGUAGACCCCAUGCCACUAAACCAAACAACGACCGUGCCAAACAAUUUGGUGACCAACAAUCUCCACCAUCCGAUACUUUAUUCAUUGGUAACUUAUCAUUCAAUGCUAAUAGAGAUAAAUUGUUUGAGAUUUUCGGUGAGUAUGGUAAUGUUAUUUCAUGUAGAUUACCAACACAUCCAGAUACUCAACAACCAAAAGGUUUCGGUUAUGUGCAAUUUGGUUCUGUUGAUGAAGCUAAAGCUGCUUUAGAAGCUUUGAAUGGUGAAUACUUGGAAGGAAGACCAUGCAGGUUGGAUUUCUCCGCUCCAAGAGAUAACAAUAAUGGAGGUGGAUUUGGUGGUGGUAACCGUGGAGGUCGUGGUGGAUUCGGCGGUGGUCGUGGUGGUGGUCGUGGUGGAUUUGGUGGUAGAGAAAGAUCAGCUACACCAAGUGGAACACCAAGAAAAUCACCAGCUACUGAAUUCAAGGGAACUAAAAAGACCUUUGAUUAG